CGGGACGGGCGGGACGGGCGGGAGGUGCACCACUCGUCCCGCUCCUCGGCCUCCUCCUCCUCGUCCUCCUCCUCCUCGUCUUCCUCCCACCACCAGCGGCACCACCUGCCCCAGCACUACCACCACCAGAGCACGCCGCAGCUCUACCGCGAGCGCGAGCGGGACCGGGACCGGGACCGGGACCGGGACCGGGAGCGGGAGAAGGAGCGGGAGCGGGAGUGGGCCGGGGUGCGAGGCUCCGGCGGAGACCUGGCCCACCCACACCCCCAUCCCUUCUCCCAUCACCUCCCCUCGCGCUCCUCCUCCCAGUCCCUGGCCAUGCUACCGCCCCCGCCGCCUGCCCCCCCCUCCAUCUCCGGCCCGUCCUCCUCCUCCUCCUCCUCCUCGUCCUCUCAGGGGGGGAUAUACGGCGGCGGCGGCGGCGGGCUGGCCGUGCGUGGAACUCCCAACCUGAUGGCCCUGAGGAACAGCCCCCAGCCCCUCAGGAGGACGGCGUCCGGCGGGGGGCCGGGAGGCUCCGGGGGCAGUGACGGCGUCCUGAGCCGAAGUACAUCUGUCACCUCGCACAUCUCUAACGGCUCCCACCUCUCCUACUCUUAGAGAGCGGGAGGAACACCAGGCAGGGCGCUCACAGCGAGAGGAAGUGGGUUUUUAGGAAGGUAGCUAACACAGGUCGCAUCUCAAUACUCUCAGCUUGCCGCCUUUCCUUCUUUCCCACACGUAAGUGUAACUCUGGGAGUGGCUGGGAUCUAAAGGAUUUAGGGAUAUCACCCUCUUCUCUUUAUGCCCAGACAUCCGCAGCAAAGAAAGGGCAAACUGACACUACUGAGCUGCAUCCUGCCUCUUUAGACUCAGGGUGGGUUUAGAGGGUUCUUCCCAUUCUCACAGGUAUAAAAGAGGGCGGGAGGAAUGUAACCACCUGAAUUUUGGUGAUAUUAGAUUUCUAAGCGAUGGUGUUUCUGUUCAGUGUUUUAUCUUCGUUACUGUAUAAAAGUGAGGGAGCAGGGAUGCGUGCACAGAGGAGCAUUCAGCCCUUAUUUCCUCUGACAGCUGCAGGGAGAGAGGGGAGGCAGCCGUGUCCUCUUCUAUGAUGUUCUUUGCUGGAAUGGAGAAAGAGAGAAGGACAUGGGAGGAAAUAAAAGGGCGGAUGAUGUUGCGUAGUUGAUGUAAAUUGUAUUUAGUCUGUAGUGUCCAGAUAUUAUCUAGCAAGCACUCGUACAAAAUACUUCAGAGACAGAAAUGGGGGAGAAUCCACAGAAAUGCUGUUUACUUUAGGCUCCGACCUGCUGGAGUUUGGAAAAAACUUUUUAUUGAUUUCUAAGUACUGUUUGGUUUUGUUUUUUUAUGCGUAAGAAAAAACAGGUUGCUUGGAACGUCACCAAUGCCUUCAAUCGGUUCUUAAAGGGAUGUCAGGACAUCAAAUCUUUUUAUUUGAUGAGUGCAGGAGGAUUUAAAACUGAAUCAAAUACACAGAAUGUUUGUAAAGUCAAUAGACUCGUGGGAAAAAAAUGCAGGGGAGGAAAAACGUGGAGAGACAUUUGAGUAGACAUGUAUAGACCCGUUUAAAAAAAAACUUUCUGGCAUUCUUGACAUAUUGAAUAUCUAAACAACAUAACUGUCUACAGGAGUCACUCCAAUGCAUGAGAUAGAUGUACAAAUAAUAAUAAUAAUUUGUAAACAUGACCAAACACAUUUGAAAUGUACUGUAUCUGUCCAAGUUUUACUGGCAUUCAAGAUCACGUGUCCCACAUUUUGGAUCUUUCCUGUACAUAUUUAUGGUAAUAUUAAAAACAAAAACAAAUCAUCUGCUUUUCUAGAGUAAACAAAGACAAUGAUAAUUUUGAUAUAUUCAAACGAGUAUUGAGUUCAUGAUUUAGAGUAACAAUUCCAACUCCAUUUUCUAUAUAUGUCAAUAUUACCAUAACUAAUCCUGGUGUUAUUGUUGUUGUAAUAACGGUCACGUUUUUUUCUUGUGAGAAACAAAGGGCCCACUUUUACUGUAAGAAAGAAAAAAAAGGAGAAGAAGAAAAAAAAUCUUAUAAACUGUUGCUUGUCAGGUGCGAUGUGUCUUUAAGAUAUUAAUGAUUAUUAAUGAGGGGUUGUUAAUAAUUGUUAAUGAUUUAUGUAUGUGUGUCGAGCAGUAAAGUCUAGUUAAAUUGACGCUUUUUUUAGACAUGAAAACUAGCGAAUUUUAAAAGACUCUCUUGAACUUUGGCCUCUUCUGGAUUCUCACCAGGGGGAAAAAAGAAUGAAAAAGAAGGAUUUGGCAACUGGAAUGUAAAUUCUCCUUUUUCCUUUUGUAUUUAUUUGUUUGGGUUCAGGCUUGAGUUGAUGGUUUAGCUGCCACUAGGACGCAGCACGCAGGCAGCUCCAAAUGCGCAAACAGUUGAAAAAGGGGAGAAGAAGAAACGGCGGGGCGGGCCGUGAGUGAGCUGCAGGAGUCGGGCGCCCCCUGGUGUCCGCUCAGCAGCAGUGACCGCAGCGGCCCGUCCACACCGGUCAGUGUUCAGUGGAGCUUCUGAGGCCCAAAGGUUUAUUCUUCCUUUAUGUGAACCGUCACAAUAACGGGACUGUAUUGUUUUUGUUGCUUUUUUUCACUUCUUUUUUUUUCAAAUCCUGGUUUGAAUUGAAAAAAACGUCAAAAGAGAUCAAUCACCCUGCUGUUUGUAUGACUCUGAAACACCAGCUCAAGACAAUUCCUUGUAUAACCUACUACUUUAUGCUUGGUCGGACUCUCAGUGCAUGCAUAAAAACAAACAAAAAAAGUAUAAACUAAGAGUGGAGGGUUCGGGGCGGCCUUUGUGUGUGGGAAUCUGUGUGGGUGUCUUUUUAGACGGGUUGUUGUCAGCAUCAGAGCAGAAAAGUCUCCUGUUCCUGUAUCCAAAAUGAACGCGGAAACACGGGCUCAUCUGUGUAUUGCUGAGAUUUAGGAGUGGGCUGAGAUGCUUAUUAAACAGUCACAUCAAGCAGUUCCUAGCGUGAGGAAGGGAGGGAAGAAGAUAUAAACCUUUGUUGGAAAAGAAAUGGGGUGUUUUAAAAAGUCAUAAAAAAAAGAAAAGAUAAUAAAUUGAUAUCAACACGUGAUCUUGUCUUGAUUUGAUGUGAUUUAUACAGAUUUCAAGAUCAAAAAGAUGUUUGUAUUCCACAAAUGCCUGUUAAGACUGAGCUUAAUGAGAGCAUGUGUCUUUAUGUGUCUUUGUGAGUAAACUGUUGUUUCACAAAACGCUGAGAAACGUAAAAAUUCUAUACACAAACUCUCUAAGUGUAAUGAUAGACGAUUUUUAAACAAACCUUUACAGCUUCAGAUUUUUCAAAGAAAUCGUAUGCCCCCAAAUUUUCACAUUCGAAAAAUGUUCCAUCAUUGUAAACAUAAAAAAAAAAACUGAGUAAAUAUUGGGACAUCGCUGAAACAUAAACUACAAAAACACAUCCAGUGUCUAAAUGCAUCCUAAGUAACAUUUAACAUCAAUUCCUAAAAAUAAGUUUUCCCUUUUUUUUUCAUUGCGUUUCUUAAAUAUUUUUGCCUUUUCAUGUAUUUUCUUAUCAUUAUUUCUAAUAACUGAAGUCUAAAUGCUGUAUAAAUGUGUUGUACUUGGGGCAUUUGCAUUUUUUUAGACUGUGUGAUGAUGCAGGUUUGCAGGCUUAGGGCCUCCUUCAGCCUGAUCCCGUAGAUGGCAGGAAAAACAUCAGCCAGUAUUUGGGUAUUGUUGUGAUAUUCGGGCCAGCUGCAGCGAGAGCCCGUAAACCUCUUUAAGAUCUCACGUGAUGUUAUUAUGUUGUUAACGGGCGUAUGGCUAUUCACGUCCAUUCUCAUCUUUUGUGUGCGCGUCCCCGGCUGCUAUUCGCCUCGCGCUGGAUCUGGCUCUGACAUCAUUGUUAUGGGCUGACUGGGAGGGUCUGUGCGCGCCGCCUUUAAGACGCCUCCGUCAUCUCCCCGUUCAUGGAGAGCCGUUCCGGCUGGUUUUUCUCUUCUCUUUUUGUCCGCUGAGCGCAGCCUGGGCCUACAGCGAGGACUGGUGGGGUAAAAAAAAAAAAAAAAAAAAAACAGGCACCGGGGCGCAUUUAGUGUCGGCCGAGAAUCCAGGAAGGGGAGAAGGACGGGCCCUGCGCGAGAGACGGAAAUGAAGGGGGUGUCCAAAGAGGAAACCCUAUCCCUUUAAGAGCAAGUGGGACAUAGCGGUGCGAGAAAAAGGAGAGGAGGGGGAGAAGAAAGAGGAAUUAAAAAAGAAAAGGAAGAAAGAGACGGGGAGGGAGGAGGGAGCGCGGGCGAUAAAAAAAGAAAGAUGACAUCCUCGCAGCUGAACGGCCGAGGUGGAGCGAUGGGCCGCGGCCCGGCGAGGGCGCCGCUCGCCGGGGUCAGGGCUUGAAUCCAACGCCGAGGCUUCGACAAAACACCCGAUUGGCCUAUUGGGGGUGGGGGGGGGGGGGGGAAUCGGAAAAAAUAGAUGCAAAAAUGAAAAACAAAGCAUGCCCCGCUGUGCUACCAGCGACGUGUGUUGUAACUCAAGUUUGUUCCGUUGCGUAAAAACGCAUUUAUUUCACGUUGAUUGGUUUUUUUUCCUGGGUUCUGCUAAAAGUCUGAUACUUUAAGAUGCGUUUUUUUUCCCUCUUUUUUGGGGGGGGCUUUUUUACAGUAGUUGGGUUGUAGGACGGCGCGUUUUUUGGUCAGGCUAGUGUUGGGAUAAUCAAAGUUAAAAAGCCCCAGAGUGCCCGGGGGAAGGCGCGCUCUGCGGGACUCGGCCUGCUCCGCAGCCCGCUCCGGCUCCGGCCCGCAGCACCGGGCUACCUCCAUGAGAGGAACCCACGUUUUUGCAGACGGCUUUGUUCGCGUUUUUCCGAGAGAAUCCCACCCGGGAGCCCGUGGUGUCCGCCGCCGGACAGGCUACCUCCGGCCGGACCGCACCAUGCGCAGGCGGCCCUCACCCAGCAGCUGACUUCAUAAUCUCCAUCGCCCUGCCGCAAAAUGGAUGCUGCUUGGAGCAAUUUUCUCUUCCAGAGUACUCCCACCCAAAACCAAGUGGAGGGGAGCCUCCAAUCAGAGCUCAUGCAAGUGCACACCAGCUCUCCCCAGACCCCACCCACAGAGCACAUCGCACAGCCUCCUUCCACUGUGGACACCACCGCUCUCAGCGAGGAGCCCCUGCCCGUGAAGCCAGUGUCCCGGCCGGCCCGCGCCCAACACAUCUGUGCCAUCUGCAACAAGCAGUUCAAGAACAACUACAACCUGCGGCGGCACCAGUCGGUCCACACCGGGCGGCCCACCAAUCCCAACCCCAACCCCGUGCGGAAGAACCACGCCUGCGAGACGUGCGGGAAGGCCUUCCGGGACGUCUACCACCUCAACCGCCACCGCCUGUCCCACUCGGACGAGAAGCCUUUCUCCUGCCCCAUCUGCCAGCAGCGCUUCAAGAGGAAGGACCGCAUGAGCCACCACGUGCGCUCGCACCAGGGCGGCGUGGAGAAGCCCUACAUCUGCCCCCACUGCGGAAAGGCCUUUUCCAGGCCGGACCACCUCAACAGUCACGUCCGGCAGGUGCACUCCUCAGAGCGUCCCUUUAAAUGCCCGACCUGCGAGUCCAGCUUUGCCACGAAGGACCGCCUGCGCGCGCACAUGAUCCGCCACGAGGAGAAGGUGCCCUGCCACAUCUGCGGGAAGCUCCUGUCGGCCGCCUACAUCACGGAUCACAUGAGGGUGCACAACCAGUCGCAGCACCACGCCUGCCACCUCUGCAACCGCAGUUUCACUACACUGACGUACCUUCGCGUUCACGCCCAGAAGCACCACGGCCAGGAGUGGAAGGAGAGCCCGGGGGGCUUCGGCGGCACGACGUCGGGCGGCGUACUGGUCUGCCAGCUGUGCGGCGUCCACUGCAAGACGCCCACCCAGCUGCAGGGUCACAUGGGCACCCACAGCAACAGCCAGGGCGCGCCCAGCCCCGUCACCUCCAACGUGGCGGCCAGCAGCUCCGUCUCCCUCAGCAGCAUGGUGACGGCGCCCACCGUCUACGUCACGGGCAACACGGUGGUGGACCUGCUGGUCACGGACUGCUCCAGCAUCGCAGCGCCGCAGUCCCACAGUUAGCGUUACCCUCCCCCCCCACCCCCCGCCGAGCCGGGCCGGGCCGAGGGCCGGGCGAGAGAAGAGCCGGCGUCGCUCACAGACGCCGAUCCGGUUUCACUUUUCUCAUGGCCGAGUUAGGACAAGGUUAGGUUUUUAGAAAGGGGGGCGGAGCCAAACGGAGCUAAGCAGAGCCAGCUGCAGCGACGGACUGAGAAAGCAAGAAGAAGAAGGACUUUUGGUGGCUCCGAAAGGUUGGCCGACACUAAUGGCAGACCUGGAUGUGCAGUCUAGAGAUUCCUGAAUGCUCUUGAUUAUUUAAGACUCCAGUGAAACAGUGGCUUUCUGAGCUCCUACUGUAUUCCCCCCCCCCCCCUCUCCCUCUCUGCCCGGUCUCUCCCUGCCUGUCCCUCCCCUCAGCCCUUAGGCGUUGGCUGCUCUUUGCAAGUGCACCAAGUACUGUGUAUGGUAUCUCACACCAGCUCUGAUCUUACCUCCAUUUUUGCAGCUCACUUACUAAAAAAAUCCAAAUGGCUUGAGUGAAGUUGCAGGGAGAGAAAGGCUUUCAGAAAAAAAGAAAAAAAAAAGACAACAAACAUUAGAAGGGAAGUAGUGUGUUUGGUGUUUGGGUGUGAGUGUAGGUUUGGGCUCCUCUCGCAUGUUUUAUUUCUCGAUUUUUCUUUUUUUUUUCUUUUGUUUUCUUCUUUUUUUUUCAGAAAAUGGAGAUCAACAUUUGAUUUGAGGCUGUAAUUCUAUGUCAAUAAGUCUUUACUAGAGGUUAAUGAAUUAGUCAGGACAGAAGACCACUGCGUACUGUACACGAUGUGGGUGGAAUGAAAUUGUGGGAUGUACAAGCUCAUUUGUUUCCUAAAGGUACAGAAACAAAAGAAGAGUUGAGUUCAGGAGCAUCAAGCACCUUAAAAUGUCGUUGGAUUCAGUGAGGAUGAAGGUUUGAGCUUUCUUGGAUUGUCUUGCUCUCAGUCUUCCUUCCUGAGUCUGGCCUUUAAAAAAAACAAAACAAACAGAAGAAACAACUGCUAAACAACACUUCAGCUUCUGACAUGGCGAUUAUUGCAGCUGAGAACUACCUUUUGCAUGAAAUCAAGCUAGCUGGGUCAUGCUUAUCGUUAGGGAACUGUCACGACAAAAGAAAAAAAAAAAUCACGGUUCCUCUAAGUUAGUUAGCUGUAAACGAUACUAUUUAUAAAAGUGUUGCUUUUAUUCAGAAAAAUUUUGACAUUGUUUGCCAUUCAUUUGAUUGUAACGGUCAUUGCCAUAGUCCUUUGUUCUCUCUAUGUACCAGUCCAAUGAGUGAAACCUUUCGGUUAGAUUUUAGUCAUUUAACUCUGUAUAGCACGUUUGGAACGCCAGUCACUGUCGUUCUGCGUCACACGAGGAACGGUCACUUGUCCAUCGGAUAUUUUAGUUGCUUUGAGUUGUAUUGUGAGUGAUGUGUGGUGUCGAAAGGGCUUAUAAAGUCACAAGUCAAAGAAGGCAAGGCAAAGAAGUGUAAUAGGAGUCGGCAUCACCACCUGGUAUGCUGUAAACAAAUCCUGGUUUUGUACUGGAGUGCUUUUUCAGUUGUGUGUUGAUAUGUUACCUUCAACUUUGUAGAGCUGUUUAUUUCCCCCCUUUUUUUGUUUCUUUGAAAAUCUUUUUUUCCUGUUGAGAAAAUUAGUGAUUUAUUCCAAGUUAAUUUUAGGACUUCUUCAUCACACUAAAAAAGAAUAAUAAUACCUCUACUCUAGGAUUAUGUACAGCUCUUGUGAUACAUCUUAAUGCCUUAUCGUACUCAACUGCAUUUUAAUUCUUUUAUGAUAAAAUAUUUCAAAUCUUAGUCAUUGAUUCAUUAAGAAUAUUAAUGGGAUGUAUUUAUAUUUAUAUUUUUAUAUUUCUCAACAGUAUGCAUGUCUAAAAGGUUGUUAGAGCAAAAAAAAAAAAUCAACGAUGCUUACUACAGUCAUAAAUAUUGUUUUUUUUUGUAGAUGAAGUAGAGAUCAUGGUAUUAUUUUGUAAUUUGGACAAUUUAAAGUAAAAAGAGUAAACAGGAAAUGUUCUGUGUGCUAAUCAUUUAUUCGUUUUGAGAGGCCAACAGUGUGUAUCUCAAAGAAAGAUGAGCAGCAUCUACUGAAUACAAAGUCUGAGAGGAAAGAGUCGACACAGGAAGUUAAAAAGCUUCAUUUGCUUUGAAAACUGUUCAUUCAAGCCCCAGUCACAAACCCGUAAGACUGGCACGUACACAAUUCAUCGUACAGGAAUUCCUUAGCUAUAGUUUUUCAGAUGUCAUAAAACACUAAUAAUACUUUCUCUUACAAUUUUGUGUCUAAAUGAUAAAGUUUAAUUCUAUAAGCUGAUUAUUGGUAAUAAUAACUAAUCACUGUAUAGCUGGGGUGCUCACACAUGGGAAGAGGGCGCUCACAUCUGUGAGAGCAAUCGGCAGCGUUUCUCAGAACUGUGCAGCUGCUCUGACCGACCGGUCAUCUCAUUCCAGCGCUGACCGCUGGUGUGAGGCCCAUGGGUCCACUGAACCGGGGUCAUCAGCUGCAAGAACUCUUUUGGCGUUUGGUUUGUUACCCACAUAGAAGAAUAGGAUUGGGAUGUUUGGUUGCUGUUUUUUUUCCUUUAAGUUGCAGACAAAAGCAAAUUCCAUGCAUCUGAUCUCUGUGUACCUGGAUGGAUGUCAUUAGGACUAAAAAAAUCUUACAAAUGAGGAAACUGUAAGUAAAGUCACAUACUUUGAAAAAUGUAGUGGUUACAAUCUUUCACACUCAACUUCUUCAUUGGUAAAUGGAAAAUGUAUGGAGCACUUAACUAGUCUGUUUGAACAAUUUGAUGAAAAUUCAUGAUUUGAUUAGAAUUUGACUAAUUUAUGCUUAAAGAUUUUCAAAUAAGUCCUCAAAGUAGAUGAAAAGAAUCUUAUAAAUGAAGUUUACUUGGUCAUUUAUAUAUUUCUAAAUUCCUUUUUACUUAUGUUUUGAAGUGAAAAUCUGCUAUUUUGAGUUAAUCUGAUAACAGCAUCUCAGUGAACAUCCAGCUUUAUUAAACAUGGAUUGUGGAAUAUAACAGGUGUGACCUCACAAAAACAUAUCAGGUGUGUCAUGGCACAAAUAAAGGUUAUCGGUGUUUAUUUUUGUAUAAAAAAUAUCUUUAAGAUUAUGAUUCCAAGUAAAGUAGUUGUCAGAUUUGUACAAAUGGACAUAAUUUAGCAUCAAAAGCACAUUUAAGAAGAGUGUUAGAUUGGCAAAAUCAUUUCAACAGUAAAAAAAUCAAUAAAAAUAAACUAAGGGUGAUUCCUAUGCAACUCCUCUGCUCUUAUUUCACUUUGCUUGGUCUGUCAUUUCAAAAAAUAACAGUAUUCUUAGCAUGGCUAUGCCAUUGAAAUUAUGCCACGGAUAAUUUUCAAUAAAAAAAUCUUAUUUGA